AUGGCCGCUGACGGGAGCCGCGGGGUCCUGGGGCUGUGGCUGCUGGCGGCGGCUGGGCUGUACGCCGGAGCGGUGGCCGGCAAGUCCCCGAGCUGCCACGAAGUGCGGACGGCAUUUCAGCUGCGGCAGAUCGGGCCCCUCAAGCUGGUUCCCGACGUGCCCACGACUGAGUCAGAUUUGCAGAUCUGUCAACACAGAGCACCAACGUGUUGCACCAAAAAAAUGGAAGAAAGCUACCAGGCAGCUGUUCGAAGGGAGAGGACUCAAAGUAUCCAGACACUGAACUUUGAGCUGAAGUACAUGAUUGUUGGUCAUAUCACAGCGUUUCAAGAGGCCUUUGAGUCUUUGCUUCGCUUUGCUGAAAACCACACGAGUUCCCUGUUUGAGACAGCUUACAGACCUAUGGCAAAAGAAGCAGCAGAGCCUGUUAAAGAACUUUUUACAGACCUCUCUCUCUACAUUCUGGGUGCAGAGACUACAGUGGAAAGUGCAGUGUUACGGUUCUUUGACAGUCUCUUUCCUCUGGUGUAUAGCCGGCUAAUAAACCCAGGAAUUACAGAUUUAUCAGAGGACUACACGGAGUGUCUGCGGCUUACAAGGCAAGACAUAAAUCCUUUUGGACGCUAUUCUAAGAACGUGGUUACAGAGCUGUCAAAAUCUCUUUGGGCAAGUCGGAUGCUCAGCCAGGCCCUCAGUCUGGGCAUUGAAGUGAUAAAUACUACUGAACACGCGGCUCUCACGAAGGAAUGUAGCAAAGCUCUAGUGAAGAUGCAGUACUGCCCGCACUGCCAGGGCCUGACGCUCAUCAGACCCUGUGUCGGAUAUUGUCUGAAUGUAAUGAGGGGCUGUUUGGCCAGUGUCUCAGAACUGGAUGCACAAUGGAGGGAGUAUAUCUCCACGCUGGAGUAUCUGACUAAUGAAAUGGCUGCCUCACAUGAUCUGGAAAUUGCACUGACAGGAAUCCGGAACUCCAUCAAUGAAGCCAUCCUGCAUGCACAGUUGAAUGGACCGCAGCUCUCUGCUACAGUUGAUAAAGUGUGUGGACAGCCCAGACAACAAGAAGGGAUCCUGUCAUCAGACAAUAUAGUGCCAGUGAAAGAAGUGACUGCAACUCAGACGUUCGUGAUGGCUCAUACUAGUCUGAACAAUAAACGAAGUUCUCUGCCUCUGAAAGCUUCAAAGAAUGACAAAUCAAGAAGUUUGAAAAAAAUCUCUCGAGAGUUCAUCAACUACAUGAAGCGAUCCCGAACCUUUUAUGCCUCUAUAGCAGAAAGACUGUGUGAUGGUGACCUGGUGAUGAGAGAUAGCUCAACCUGCUGGAAUGGAGAAGAUGUUGUAGAAAGUUACACCAGCAGAGUUGUUUCCAAUGGACUGAAGGCACAGGUUAAUAAUCCAGAACUGAAAGUCAGAGGACUAGACCCACUCAUCAAUAAUUUGAUUGAUAAACUUCAGCACUUUAAUAAACUGGAUGCUGAGAAGGCAAAAUUAAAACUGGAAAGAUGGGCUUCCCGGGAUGCCGGCAGUGGGGAUGGAAGAAGUGAAGAGAUGGAGUCAAGUGGGGAUUGUGAUGAUGAAGAUGGCUGUCAAGGAUCCGGUGACAGGAUUCACACAGCAGUGGUGUGUUGCAGAGAGGGGAGCAUUGUACAGGGAGGUGGAAGUAAUUUGCAUUUGUUUCCAACAACCAUUCCCAAUAUACUCAAGGACAAGAAAACCCAUCCAGAAAACAGGAAUGAACCAAAACCAACUGUGAAAAAGAUUGACACCACAACCACCACAAGCGCUGACAAGUCAUCCUCUAAACACAGUGUAACUGGAAAUGGGAGCAGUCCAGCCCUGAGUUCCUCGCUCAUUGUUUUAACCGCAGUUCUGUGGUUCUGUCCACCGUAG